AUGAGACAGAUAAACCAGACACAAGUGACUGAAUUCUUCCUCCAGGGACUCUCUGAUGACCCAUACACCCAGAAGCUUCUCUUUGUUUUUUUUCUGUGUGUCUACCUGGUCACAGUGCUUGGAAAUCUGCUUCUCAUGUCUCUUGUUCAGAUUGACUCCCGACUUCACACACCCAUGUAUUUUUUUCUCUGCAACUUGUCUCUGGCUGACCUCUGUUUCUCGACCAACAUCGUUCCUCAGACCCUCAUUCACCUGCUAUCCAAGAAGAAGGCCAUAUCGUUCAUAAGUUGUGCAGCUCAGCUUCUACUUUUCCUCAGUUUUGGGGGUGCAGAGUGUACCCUUUUGGCAGUGAUGUCCUAUGAUCGAUAUGUGGCCAUCUGCAAUCCUUUGCAUUACUCUAAUGUUAUGACCAAGAGGUUGUGUGUUCGCUUGGCCACAGGAUCAUGGACCACUGGCAUUAUGGCAUCUCUUGUGGACUUCAUCUUCACAAUAAGGCUACCAUACCGAGGCAGCAAUAAAAUUGCUCAUUUCUUUUGUGAGGCUCCUGCACUGUUGGUCCUGGCAUCCAUAGACACCCACGCUACACAGAUGGCCAUUUUCCUUGUGGGGAUAGUAAUCCUUGUCAUACCUCUCUCUCUAAUAUUGGUAUCCUAUGGCUGCAUUAUACUAACUGUGAUCAGGAUGAAGUCAGCUGGUGGGAGGCUCAAAGCAUUCUCUACCUGUGGCUCCCACCUCAUGGUGGUCAUCCUUUUUUAUGGGCCAGCAAUUAUCACCUACAUGACACCGAAGUCCUCCAAAGAACAGGGAAAAUUAGUGUCUGUGUUCUAUGCAGUGGUGACCCCCAUGCUUAACCCUCUCAUCUACAGCCUGAGGAACAAGGAUGUGAAGGGAGCUCUUAGAAAAGUAGCCACAAGGAAUUUCCCUUGUAGGCUUGGGAUCUACCACUGA